AUGGAUUUGGACAAAAACAUCGUCAUUGAUGUCCAACUUGUACAGAGCAAUGAGGUCGGGGGAAGCUGUCGUAUGGAGAAGGAAGGGCUGAUAGGAGUUGUCCAAUUCCUACAACAGAACAACAUUGAAGUCUGCCAGCUCAUAACAGACCGACAUCUUCAGGUGGCGAAAUGGGUUCGGGAGAAUAUGCCAGACACUACACACUAUGUGGAUGUUUGGCAUGUUGCAAAAGGUCUGAAGAAGAAGCUGACAGCCCUCGGCAAGGAAAAAGACUGUGAGAGGUUGAUGGAGUGGAUCAAGAGCAUUGUUAACCACCUGUACUGGGUCCCCACUUCCACACCAGAAGGCAGCAAUGCAUUGAGGUGGGAGAAAUGGGUCAGCGUCUUCAACCACAUCCAGAACAUCCACGAGGGACAUGGUGAUCUCUUUGAGAGAUGCGAGCAUGCAGAAUUAGACGAAGCUGCACGACGGAAAAGAUGGCUGAGACCUUGUACCAAAGUAGUGGAGAAGCUGGAAGCCAUCAUCACCUCAAGGCAGAUGAAGAAAGAUAUUCCAAUGCUUUCACCUGAUGUUCAGACAUCCAGUCUAGAGGCCUACCAUUCAGUGAUUAACCAUUAUGCCCCAAAGAUGAACAAGUUUUCCUAUCAUGGGAUGCAGAGUCGAUUGCUCAUUGCUGCAAUGCAUUUCAAUGAAAAUGGACAGAAUCUGCAGGCUACUACAAAGGAUGGUAAACCCAGGUACAGCAUCACUUUCCCAAAACAAAAGAAGGGCGACUACACAGUGAAGAAAAUCAAAACAAAUAACACAUAUGGAUACGUUGAGUCACUCAUGGUUGAGGCUACCUCCCGAGUCAGGGACACUCCAAUGCCACGCUGUGAGCCUGACGAAAUGCCAGAUGAUCCACCUCCACUGUGUGCGGAUUUCCUUCAUCCGGAGGAAGAUGAGGCCAUCGAUCAUCACGUCACUCGCUUCCGGCGCAACUAAACCCGGUAUAGUGUCCAUCUUCCUCAGGAUAAGUGGUGCGGAUCUUAUGGACUGCACAAGCUGGGAGAGUUACCCUCACUUCCUUUCCAAGCCAUCCCCAGCACCAUCGAACCAGCUGCCGAUAUCCGAUAUAUCUCAUGCGCCUACAACAUAAAGAUAAUUUGUACUUGUUAUGAAUACUUGUUACUGUUUUUAUAUAUUAAUAAAUAUAUACAUAGAUAUUUUGUUGUUAGCUCUCUCUGUUUUGUAUACGUACACUGAUUUUGUUUAAGAAAAUUGUUUUUUGUUUUCUAUUCUAUAUUAUAAAAUAUACAUUUUUUUUAUUGUUAUCCUGUAUUCUUGCAUACUUGAUGAGUUAUUAAUUUAUUUUUUGUUAGCCUUUUUAUCAUUGACACUAUAACUAUUCAGUUUUCAUUGUUUUUUUUUUUUUUUGUUUACAAUAUAAUUGUAGUGAUAAAAUUGUUCAAGUUUGACCUUUUUUUCCUAUUGUUGUGUUAAUGUUUUCAUUUUGUUGAGUUUGUAAUAUUUUUGGUUUCAUUUUCUGUUUGUAUAAAUUUGAGACAUUGUGGAUUAUCAAACAAUUUGAUAAGUUCACUGUGCAAUU